UUUCAAAUGGAUCAACAAAACGGAACGUCCCGUUCAGAAUCUGUCCCUCCACCACCUUCGCAACAUCCUGAAACUGUUUCUGGUGGUGGCACCCACCCUUACUCUUCUAGAAAGGAUCGUUCUUUGUCACCUAGAAGUGGCUAUCGUCGUUCAUCUUAUUCUCCGCGACGAAGAAGUCCUUCCCCCAGAGGUUACCGUAAUGGUAGAGAGGAGAGAUAUAGAGAAGAUCGGUAUGCUAGAGAAGAUAGAUAUGAUCGAGGUUAUCCCAGAGGUGGAGGUUAUAGAGAAGACAGAGGGUAUCGUGAUAACUUUUACGGUUCUGAAAGACGAGGUCCUCCAAGAAGAAGUAAACCGAUUGAUCGUGGUAGUGAAAAAGAAAGACGUGAUUCUACUACUCUUUACGUUG